UCCUGCAAUCCCCUUGCCAUCAUGUCUACCAGGAGCGCCGAAUCUCGCGACAAUUCCCCCGAUGGAGCCGACGGCUCGGAUAAGCGCGCGAGCAAGAAGCGGAAGGUGUUGUCCUGCUAUGCCUGUCGCAGUCGAAAGAUGAAAUGCGACCGCAUCUUUCCAGUUUGCGGUCGGUGUCAAAAAACAGGAAGGGCGGAUCAGUGCACGUACGACCCAAGGCUGAUUGAAGAGACGGCGGUACAAGGUGAUGGGCACGUGGAUAGUGUUCCAGCAUAUGGGCCUUUGGAUCACACUAACGUUACUAAUCUGCCAACCGACACACUGCAGUGGAGACUGCGAGUCCAAGAGCGGCGCGUGCAAGCACUUGAAAAGAAGCUGGCCUCGAUUGAAGGAACCAAAUCCAACUUUUCGGACGUCUCAGUGCUUCAAAUCGAUGAUUCCUUGGAGGAGACGCCCUUGGUAGAAGAAAUAAUGUUUCGCGGGAAAUCCUUCAAGACCCAAUUCACGGGAACAACAAGCCAUCUCAGUGCAGCCGGUCAGUUUCCCGAAUUGCAAGCUUUUACGCGAGAAAGCUUGACCAUGGAUGGAGGCAACAUGCAUCGAAUACGGAAUGAUUUCAAAUCUUUCAGAGAACGCAAAAAGAUCAUCCAUCGAGAACGAACCCAAGUAAUGAACGGUCUGGACGAAGAGAUAUUCAAUAUCCUCCCUGCCAAAACCGUCAUCGACCAGCAUGUGACCAAGUACUUCCAAACGUGGGAGACUUCCUACCGCAUCUUACAUGAGCCAUCGUUCUGGAAAGACUAUCAAGCCUUCUGGGAGCGACAGUCCAACAAUAAAUCCUCCACCAGUUUUGCAGCUAUUCUGCUGUACAUUGUGGCUAUCACAAAGUGCAGUAGUCCGAACGACAUGAAUGUCUUUGUUGGGGACAGCUCCGCUGAUCGGGAUGACGCCUUGAACAUUGUGAAUCCAUGCGACACAUGGCUUGCACGCCAGUCUAGAAAGCAGCUUUCGCUUCACUUCUUCCAGCUGCAGUGCUUGUCUUUUCUGGCCAAGCGUGUGAACUGUCUCAAGCUCAAACAAGAUUGGGUCAAUGUUGGCGAGGUCAUGCGCCUUGCUUUGGCUGCCGGUCUGCACCGUAAUCCGGCUCUGUUGUCAUGCGGCAGGAUUUCUGAGUACGAGAAGGAGAUGCGUCGAAGACUAUGGGUCACAAUUGCCGAGUUGGAGAUGCAAUCUUGUGUCGACUCUGGCAUGCAAUCCUCAUUAUCUGGCCUAUACUUUGAUGUCCAGCCUCCCUCGAACUUACCGGAUGACGUUUUCAUGCCCGAAAUGUUACAGGUCCCUGCUGAACGACCUACAGAGCACUUCACGUCAGCUUCGUAUCUUGUUGCUAGCCUGAAGUCUCUUCCUCUGCGUGUUCAUCUAUUGCAGUUGCUCAACAAUCCUACCAACAACCUACAAUACUCUGAUGUGCUGGACUUCGACAAACAGAUCAACUCUUUGCUGUCGUCAAUCCCUGAAUGGGAAGAUACGCGUUCGUUGGUGGCUUCUUCGCUGUUGAAAUUCCAGCUCCGGCAAUUUCUGCUCAUCCUACAUCGUCCGUACGCGAGGCUUGCUGCUAGAAACCAACGUUACAGCUACUCUUUUACAGCAUGUGUGGAUUCUUCCAGCGCAUUGAUCUCCGCAUACGAAACUCUGAAAUCAAAAGGGCUUCUAUCACUCAGCCAUGUCCGGAACGAUAUACUUAGGGUCGGCAUCACUCUUUCUCAAAUUGUGUACUACAACUGCACCCUACACUCUGCAUCCCCGGAUCCAGAGUCUCACCGCCCGCUCCACCCGAUGGAUCUUGGUAGUGCGGCUAUGGGAAAGACCAAAAUUAUCACAAAGGUUGAAGUCAAGGUUGCCAACCUUCCCAAAGAUAACUAUUUUGCCACCAUUCUGUGCAUCACCGCUCUGGAGCUUCUCGAAAAGGUCCGUCAGCUCUUCGAAGCGAAGUUGCUACGUUUGGGGACUGGGUAUGUAGAAUAUUGGGUACUCUGCGCUGCUAUUGCUUUCAUGCCACCCUCAAACCAAUCAACAACUUCUAUCCCUUCCCUCGCCGACACUGCUCCCGGCGAUCUUCGUUCGCGCGCUCGAAGCGCUCUGGAGCGCGUUACCUCGCUCUGCUUCCGGAUCCUCGCUUUACAAAAAGAUCCUCAGAAUGGGUUCGCAACUGCUCUACGCAGCGCUGUAGUUACGCCUGCACCUUCAGUCCAGGAAUCAACGCCGCCUACGAGCUAUACGACGACGGGUAAUGACAAUUCCAUGCCCCCAAGCAUUCCCGGUGCGUCAGGUAUAGUGGACGCACUUGCAGAUGAUCAGAACUCUGGUGCCUUCUUCAUGAACUUUCAGGAUAUGCCGUUCGAUCCAUCAGGGUGGGAGUUUUCAAACUUUUGGGACUUUGAUAUGGACGGGAGUUAUUGAG